AUGUCUCACCUCGUCAUUUACGUGGAUAGCGAUGAAGAGGGCGAAAUCCACUCGCGCGAGCCCACACCCACCGACACCGGCGAAAGCCAGAGACUUGCGACGACAGCUCCCCUCAUCACGGGAGAAGACAGCGACGACAAGCCCGUCAACACUGGAAAUUCAUACAGGCCUGUACACCCCUCGACGACCAGACCUACAGGGUAUGUCUCCAUUGCGCUGUUCAAAAGGCAGUAUGAUACACUCACUUUCGUUAGGUACUGGAAAGGCCGUUGCCUUCGCUGUGAGAAGUUUAUCGCCAACCUGGAGUCAGGUCAUAGUAUCAAGAACUGCAGAGGCAAAUGCUGGAUCUGCAAAACUGUUGGCAUGCCUGUCUUAGCUGAUUUCAGCCACUUUGGCAAGAGAUGCUUCGGGCCAUGGAGAGACGACGAAUUCCAAGAGAUUACAGGUGUUCCGCCCAUGCCUUUCGAGUUCUUCCAGCGCCGUGCUAAGAUGGAGGUGGAUGAUGCCCCACCUCCCAACGCGCCAUGGGCGAAUUUGCCUCCCCAGGACCAAGGAUACCAGAACAACAGGAACCCCCAGAAGAGGAUGGAGGAUGCAAUCAGAAGAAGGGAUGAAGAGAUCAAAGACCUCAAACAGGAGAUCGCUUCGCUCAAGAGAAAGAACAAGCUCAUGGAUAAUGCGAUCAAGUUCAAGAACAAUAAACUCAAGGUCAAGAACGAGGCGCUCAAGCACAGGGACGAUGAAAUCAGGUUCAUGAACGAGGAACUUAGGCUGAAGGAUGAGAAGAUCAAGCUCAAGGAUGAGGAAAUGAAGAUAGAACGCGAUCGGGCGGUUAAGUUGCUUCCGCAUGCGGUUGCGUAUCCUUCGAUGCUUCCACCUCCGUCUGCGCCUGCGGCUUAUUACGCCGCGCCGCAGUACGGCGCCGGCCAGCAUCAUCUCGACCACCCUCUUCCCGGUAAGCCAUACACUGGCCAGCGCAGCACUCGCGGCACUCGGUCCCGCUCCCCACAGAGGGGUGGGCCGAAGUAUCGCCAACGGGACAACUAG